AUGGCAUCAAUCCUACGCCAGAUUGUCGCGGGACCCAGAGCCAGACAUGAAGAAACAGGCCUCGACCUGUGCUACGUGACAUCCAACAUCAUCGCAACAUCUGGACCCUCCCAGACGUACCCCCAGCGAGCAUACCGCAACCCGCUCGACCGACUCGUCGCGUUCCUCGACAAGCAGCAUGGCGACAACUGGGCCAUCUGGGAGUUCCGCGGUGAGGGCACCGGAUACCCAGACGAGGCCGUCUACGGCCGCAUCCGGCACUACCCGUGGCCUGACCACCACCCGCCGCCCUUUCGCCUCGUGCCCAUGAUCAUGGCGUCGAUGCGCGCCUGGCUGGCGGGCGAGGACCUGCACGGCACCGGAGCUGUUGAUGGUAAAAAAGGCAAGGAGGCGGCCACGAAGAACGGAAACGACGGGACUGUCGAUGUCGCUGGUGCCGACGCCGAGAACGGCAGAGUGGUGGUAGUGCACUGCAAAGCCGGCAAGGGCCGAUCAGGAUCCAUGGCCUGCAGCUUCCUCAUCUCGGAACGCGGGUGGACCCCCGAGGCGGCGCUCGCGCGGUUCACGGAGCGGCGGAUGAGGCCCAAGUUCGGCGCCGGCGUGUCUAUCCCCUCGCAGCUCCGCUGGAUCAGCUACGUCGACAGGUGGACCAAGACGGGGAAGAAGUACGUCGACCGUCGGUUUGAGAUUGUGGAGAUCCACGCCUGGGGUCUGAGGUCUGGGGUCAAGAUGUCGGUCGAGGUGUUCGCCGACGGGGGUCGCAGGAUCGAGGUGCUGCACACCUUCACCAGGGACGAGAGAGUCAUCGUCGAAGGGGAGGCUCCGAGCUCAGGUGGCGUGUCUGAGGUUAUACCGGAUCUGACAAAGAUGGCAGCGGCAGAGGCCAUAUCUACAACUGGCGACAAGGCGGACUACGAAGAGGUUGCGGGGGAUGCUUCAUCGCCCAAGAUCAAGAACGCCGCUACCGAUUCUGAUGUCAGUGGUGGUGCGAAGAACAACAAGCCGAAAGGCCCAAAGGAUUCCUUGAUAAGGAGGCUGUCGAAACGGCCUGAUAAAAGUCCGGCACGGUCCGAGACUGCCACUACGACUGGGGCCGAUGACAAAGCAUCAUCCUCCGCCGCAUCACUGCCAGCCGAAGUCUCGGGAGAAUCCAAGCCAGCACCGGCCGCAAAGCCGCCGUCGUCGCUGGCCACGAGCAACACGCCGUCUCAGCAAUCACUCGGCCAAGGGUCAACAUCAUCCCCCGCGGAAAAGGAGCCCGGCGGCAUGGCGGUAAUCUUCAAGCCGCGUGAGCCGAUCCUGGUCUCCAACGGCGACGUCAACAUCUCGCUCGAGCGCCGCAACCGGGCCCCGGCGUCGAUGGGCUUGACCAUGGUGACGGCGGUGGCGCACGUCUGGUUCAAUGUGUUCUUUGAGGGCAACGGGCCCGAGCAGGAUGGAAAGUCGGACGACAGCGGCGUCUUUGAGAUUGAGUGGGACAAGAUGGACGGCAUCAAGGGGAGCAGCAGGAAGGGGGUCCGCGGGCUGGACAGGAUCGCCGUGGUGUGGCGGUGCGUUGACGGCGGCGACGACGCGGCCGAGAAGCCGCAGGCCAAUGGCGUCGAGAUCGUCGAGCCUGCACUGGGCGAGGAGGUGCCGCAGAUGCCUGCUGCUGACUGGAAGGGCCACAACAGGGAAGACCCCAGCGCCUCCAAGCACCUGGGUCUGAGGGCGGCGGACCCGGACAGCGAGAACGUCAGCAAGGCCAGCAGCAUCAAGAGCGCGGUCGUGAGCGGCGACGACAAGGACGACAAGGAGGAUUCGGACCUAUUUAGCGGCGUCAAGGCGAGCGGGCCGGGAGGAGAGGAUCUCGACAAGGACAAAGUGGUCGCGGCGGACGAGACGGCCAAGACUGAGGCGAAGAAGAACGACUUCACCGGGAGGAAACCACACCAAGCAGAACCGGACGAUAGCCCGGCUGAUGCGACGGCCCAGAAGGGCUUCAUUGUUGAUUGA